AUGCUACUACAACUAAAUGAGUUGGAUGAGUUUAGACUGGAAGCCUAUGAAAAUGCUAAGAUAUAUAAGGAAAAAGCUAAGAUGUGGCAUGACAAAAGGAUCUCAAAGAAAGAGUUCAAACCAGGACAGCAAGUACUCUUGUAUAACUCCAGGCUCAAAGUUUUCCCUGGCAAACUCAAGUCCAAAUGGACUGGCUCCUACUUGGUGACAAAGCUUCUCCCUUAUGGAAGCCUUGAACUCCUAGAUGAAGCAACAAAGAACAAUUUCACAGCAAACGGUCACAGGGCAAAGCAUUAUUUGGGAGGCCCUUGGGACAAAGAGAAGGAGAUUCAGAAAUUAAGUUGA